AUGGCGCCACAAGAAGUGACGAUCACUAAUCAGAAACAGAGCAGUGACAACAUUUUCCGAUCAAAACUGCCGGACAUUUACAUCCCUAACCACCUCCUUCUCCACGACUACAUCUUCCAGAAUAUAUCUGAAUUCGCCGAUAGACCGUGCUUGGUCAACGGUCCCACCGGCCAUGUAUACUCCUACGCCGACGUCCACGCAAAGUCCCGCAAACUCGCCGCCAGUCUUCGCAAGCUCGGUGUGAACCAGCACGACGUCGUAAUGCUCCUCCUUCCGAAUUCACCGGAAGUCGUCCUCACUUUCUUCGCCGCCUCCUUCCUCGGCGCCGCAACAACCACCGCGAACCCUCUCUUCACUCAACCGGAGAUCGCUAACCAGGCCAAAGCCUCCGCCGCGAAAGUCAUCGUCACCCAUUCUCAAUACGCCGAUAAAGUCAAAAACCUCCAAAACGACGGCGUCUUGAUCAUCUGCACCGACGACGAUUCCUCCGACAUCCCCAAAGGCUGCCUCCGCUUCUCCGCGUUGACUCAGUACUCCGAUCACGAUCCCAAAGCCGACUCGGUGACGGUUAUAUCUCCAAACGACGUCGUGGCGCUCCCUUACUCCUCAGGCACAACAGGUCUCCCAAAAGGAGUGGUGCUAACACACAAAGGUCUCGUCACAAGCGUGGCGCAGCAAGUCGACGGCGAGAAUCCGAACAUGUACGUCCACGGUGAAGACGUGAUCCUCUGCGUCUUACCAAUGUUCCAUGUCUACGCCCUAAACUCAACCGUGCUCCCUAGUCUCAGAGUCGGUGCCACCGUUUUGAUCAUGCCUAAAUUCGAGAUCGGUCUCUUGCUAGAGCAGAUCCAGAGGUAUAAAGUCACGGUGGCUAUGGUCGUGCCACCGAUCGUCUUAGCCGUAGUGAAGUCGCCGGAGACGGAUAAGUACGACCUGAGCUCGGUUAGGAUCAUAAUGUCAGGUGCGGCUCCUUUAGGUCAAGAGCUUGAAGAUGCCGUCAGUGCCAAGUUUCCUAACGCCAGGCUUGGUCAGACCUAUGGGAUGACAGAGGCAGGUCCGGUGAUAGCACUGUCGUUAGGGUUUGCGAAAGAGCCGUUUCCGGUGAAAUCAGGAGCCUGUGGUACGGUCGUGAGGAACGCUGAGAUGAAGAUCGUUGAUCCAGAUACCGGAUGUUCCCUUCCUAGACAUUCUUCCGGCGAGAUCUGCAUCCGCGGACAAGUCAUGAAAGGUUACCUAAAUGAUCCGGCGGCCACCGCCGCGACCAUCGACAAAGACGGUUGGCUUCACACUGGAGACAUUGGAUACGUGGACGAAGAAGACGAGCUUUUCAUCGUUGAUCGUUUAAAAGAACUCAUUAAGUACAAAGGAUUCCAGGUGGCUCCGGCGGAGCUAGAGUCUCUCCUCAUUGCUCACUCCGACGUCAACGAUGUCGCGGUCGUCGCAAUGAAAGAAGAAGAUGCUGGUGAGGUUCCUGUUGCGUUUGUGGUGAGAUCGAAAGAUUCGAAUAUAUCAGAAAUUGAAAUCAAGCAAUUCGUGUCAGAAAAAGUAGUGUGUUACAAGAGAAUCAACAAAGUGUUCUUCACUGACUCCAUUCCUAAAGCUCCAUCGGGGAAGAUAUUGAGGAGAGAUCUACGAGCAAGACUAGCUAACGGAUUGAUGAUGAACUAA